AUGCCCGCCCGCAGAGGAGGCAGCAGACGCGACAGCCGCAGUAGGCGGAGCCCCAGCUACAAGCGCAGAAGCCCCAGCUACAGGCGGGAGGACCGGCGAGGAGGCCGAAGCGGGGCGCGCCGGGGAAGCCGAAGCCGAAGCGGAGGUCGUGGGGGCAGCAGGUAUAGCCCUCCGCCUCGCCGCACCCCACCUCCCCGGGGCCGCACUCGCAGCCGCAGCCGACGUGAGCGGGAGGAGCAGAGGCGCCGAGAGGCCGAGAAGAAGAAGAUGGAGAAGCGUAUCCCGCCCCCCGCCGUCCGAGGCCCAGAUAAGCCGCAAAUCACGGAGGAGCACAAGGCUAACUCGGUGGAGUUCAACGGCCGCUACUACGCAACUAUCGACUUCACGCCCCCCAACUCCGGUGGAGACUCCGCGGGUCAGAAGACACGCAUUCAGAUGCCCUACGGCUGGGAGGUUGCCGACAUCACCGACGACGUCCGGGACGCGGUUGUGAAGCUUUACACCUUCGGCACAGACAUGGUGGUGGGAGAGGGCGGCAAGGCCUUCCACACAGCGCCACGGCUGCCUCUGGGAGGUUUUAAAGUUGGGUUGGGAAGCCGUGGCUUUGUGGGUUGCCAUGGAACCAGGGUUUGGUUUAGGGUGUAG